AUGCAGUCCUACGACGUCUUCCCACCGUCAGAGCAGCCCAGCGACAUCAGUCGGGCGUGUUUGGCUGAUACUGAGUAUCCCAAGAGGCUGGACACCGCAGGUGAAAAUGCCAACCGAUUUGACCAAUGGGGCCCUGGUAUAACACAAAGACAAUCAAACGCUGGUCUCUAUUCCCCAAAUCAGAGGCCAUCAUGGGAUAGAGGAGCACAAUCAUCCACACUGGAUGAUGGGUUAUAUCAUCCGGGCCGGAAGACCUUGGGGGGCGAAGAGACGAAAAAGUCGGCCGCAGAGAAUGGUCUCCCUUCUUCCGGAUAUCAAGGGACAAAUGGAUGGUCUCAGGAUGGUGGCGUAUGGCAACCCGGGGGAGGCGUGGGCGGCACGGGAGGUCAAUGGUCGCAAGGUACGACGCCAGGUAAUACCGUUGCUAAUGCAGGACAGGCUUCCAUCGAGGGAACAAGUCCGCAAUCCAGUACAACGACGAGCAGCCUGCAGGCGACCCAAGCGGCGUCGAAAACGCGACCUACACAAACAGCUACGCCCAGUGCAAGCCUCGGCUACAAGGGACAAGGUACUUCGGGAAAUGGAAAGGGAGGGCAGUCGGCACCAGGUAGUGGUGGCCUCUCUCAGGCAGGAGUAGCUGCCCCAGACGAUGGGCUCUAUCACCCAGAGCACUCGAGCACGAAUGGUCAAGGAGCACAACAGUGGACUCCAGGUGGCGAACUCGAUCACCCUGGUGCAUGGGGUUCUGGCUCAACGACCAAACCUAUAUCAACAUACUCCCGCCCUGAGAGCACUGCAACGCACUUGUCCCCACCGUUGUCAAGCUCUAGCAUCACAAGUAGCCCGACAGCUACGAACAAUCCAUCUGACUCAACUACGACCAAUACACACGAUGCCACGAAGCUUGCAGUCCCUGUUAGCCUAGGGGCUGUUACGGCCGUAAUGGCAGGCUUUAUCCUGUGGUGGCUGUAUAGAAGAUACCAAGCCACAAAGGCGGCAAGGAAGCGCAACAAUACAUUGGAAGAAGGAGACUAUACCAAAGGUACAGGACCAUCGUUCUUCAAGAGGAGCUUCGCCACGUUGUGCGGAUAUAGCUUGUUCAAGUUUGCUAGGAAACCGCCCCGUGUCAUCGCUCCUUCGUUCUUAAGAAUCCGCAAAAGGUCAGGCAAUCAAUGUGAAGACCACCUUGAUGCGAACGAUACCCCUUCACUAGACGAGACUAGUAUUCACGACAUCGAGAAGCUACAACCCCCUGAAUAUGCUACUUCCACGGAGAUGGUGGCCCCAGACUACCACCGAGGCGGGGAUAUAUCGAUGCCCUAUACCACACAGAAAGCUGAGACCUGCAUCAGACCACGGACUGCCACACCAACAUCGCUGCCUGGUGUGCCCGAGGAGCCUGAAGGAUCUGAAGAAUCCAGUCACCCAAUUACACCACUCGACUCGCAGGGUGCGGUAUACUCGGUAGAGUUAAGUUUCAAGCCAGUUAGAGUCAAGCAGAUAGAGCUCAAACAGGGGCAAACUGCUAUCCUCUCGAAGGAGUAUGGUGACGGUUGGGUAAGAUAG